GCUGAAAACCGUUCCUCAUUCCGAUUUCUAUUUUCUACAGAGUGAAGCGAGCGAGCGAGUCACGACUCAGUGAGCGAUGGUGGGCCCACAGUACGAUUUUCUGGCGAACCCUUUGGGCGCCGUCAGAUCCACCUUCGACGCCGCCGUAGCCUCCGUUCCCGAUCCCUCCGCCUUCGACGGCCGCGACUGGGGCGUCUUACCCCUCUUCCAACACUUCCUCUCAGAUCCGUCCAGACUCUCUCAGGUUCCUCUUCUGACCCCUGCCACCAUCCAAUGGGUGAAGCCCAAUACUCUCGUUCGGUUUCGCGGGAUGAUACAAGACAUGCUCGGGAAUGAAUUUUACGUUGGCGCUUAUAAGGAUGGUUCGGUGUGGAGGACCAACAAGUUUAUGGAUGCUUCUCAAUCUCUUACGGCUUCUUCGGCGGAUAUGCGAAUCUGGGAACGUCGACUGCUUUAUUGUGUUCCGGUUCCGGGAUUGAGUCCAUGGACUCAAGUUUCAACUGAAGAAUUUGGCCAUCUAUCUAUGGAUCGGACAUCAGAGAAUAGAGAAAAACGGAGGAGAGAAGAUGAUGAGUCUUCUGAUAUGCCUGUCUCUGGUGAUGAGGUUCAGAAUUCUCCAAAUACUAAAAGAAUGAGAGAAGGUGAACACUCUUCCCUUGCUUCUAAUUCUCGAGGAGCUGCGACUGAGAUUGCCAGCUCUGGUACCAGUUUGGUGUCUGGUCUUGAUAGCAAUUCACCUCCCUGUCUUGUGAAGAUAUAUGAUUCUCCAGAUUCUGAACUGAAACUGAAUGACAUUUUUGAGUUUGUGGGUAUCCUUACAUCUGACCUAGAGCUUGAAGAGGACAAUGAAGAUUGUGAUUUAUCAGAUGGGAUUUCUGAGGAUCCUUUGUGCCAUCUCCCACCUAGCAAGGUGCCAUACCUUCAUUGUUUUAUUCACAGGAAAUUAGCGGUUCACGACUUCCUUCAGCAUAACCCUAUUGUAGAGCCAAGACCCAACUUGGUCAGAGAAAUCAGGGAAGCAUUGCUAAGGCAUCUCACGGCUGUUCUUGGCAAUGAUGAUUUCGCUACUCAUUUCAUGUUGCUGCAUCUUCUAUCCAACGUGCAUGCUAGAGCAGAUGAUCUUGCUGUGGGAAAGCUUUCAUUAAAUCUUACUUGUUUUAGCAAAGAAAUUGUGUCUGUAUUUGGAAAACCAUUAAGCGCUGCUCUGAAGAACCUCCUGCCAUUCACAUUUUACAUACCCCUUACAGUUGAAUAUUUGAAUACUGUUUCACUUGUGCCAAAAAAGAAUUAUGAUACUAACAGGCUGGAAACUGGAGUCUUUCAACUAGCUGAAGGUUCACACUUGAUUGUUGAUGAGACCAAACUAGAAGCUGGAACGCUCAACUCUGUAGGGGUAGAGAAUACAAGGCUGCUGAAAAAUUUAAUGGAAUUGCAAAAGGUUGAAUAUGAUUUCAAGUACUAUAAAGUGGAUAUGGCAACGGAUUUCCAACUGCUAGUUUUGUCAGAGGGGAAAUCAAAUAUCUUGCCAGCUGAUGUAAUUGUACCGUUCCGGCCUUCUGCAACCAGUUGCUCUGAAGCUGUGACUGCAGAAGCUUUGGAGGCUUGGAGGUGGUAUUUGGCCACUGUUAGACAGCUAUCACACACUAUUGAACCAGAAAUGCAGAAGGUGGUAGAAACUGAUCUAGUUGCAGCAAGACAAGCAGACAGGAGCUUGAGCUCCCAAGACUUAAGCAGAUUGGUAACAAUGGGCCGUCUCAUGUCAUUGAGCUAUGGUGAGACCAGCUUGUCACUAGAACAUUGGCAAACGGUCAAGGAACUAGAGAGGCUGCGAAGAGAGAGGCUACAAUGAGACACAAUAUGGAAGCACAAGUGGUACCAAUUUGUACAAGGUUUUAAAUGAGUGCAGUUCAAAGGGUCUGGCUGUUAGUUCUGAUUACCAGAGCUGUCUUUAUGGGUGCUUAUUUGGCCAGCAUACUUAAAAGACAGAUAGUCGGUUCCAUAAGUUGUGAAUUCAGUAAAAUGCAAUAUAAGGCCGUUUUACUAAUCCUUGUACGAAUCUCUUGCCUUGUUUUUUGUUAGUAUUCAGGUAGAUAUCCUGUUUUCAUAUGCACAUGUUCUAAAUGUAAUAUGUGCAUAGAAGCGAGUGCACCAAGCGUUUUUUCAGCCAUAAAUUGUGAAAUGGCUGUGAACAUAGAAAGGUUAGCUUGGAUUGAAGUAAAGAUCCGUAGAAGAUGGCAUAACCCCAUAAGGCCUUAGGGCUGCGCAGGCGGGGGAGGUGGGGUGGGGAUCUGCGCCUUAACUUUUUCCUUCAGGACUAAUUAUAAUUUAAAAUUGUUUCUGAAUUAUAGUA